CCCUUUCUUCUCCUGAAAUGCGAAAAGUUCAAACAGUGAACACCUUUUUCUGUCUUCCUCGUGAGAUUUUCUUCUUUUUAUUCUUUGUAAUUGUGGACGUCAUAAGAUGUGAUAAGAAAACGUUUAAAUGUUGUAAAACUAUGUGGUUAGCACUUAAGUCCAAACCUAACUCGACUGCAUGUUAAGAAAACGUAGAAAGGAUCUGGCUCCCUGGGGUGUAAUGUGAUGAGAACGAGGAGAAAAGAGUGGCCUGGUUGUGAUGGCGCUGCGGAAGGGGGCUGGAGUUUCGGAGCUGUGCAGGGAAGGCGAUGAGCUCCUGGGGGAAGGAGAGCCAGAGAGAGCCACCGCUCUCUACGUCGCUGCCUUCGGGAGGCACGCCGGCUCCACCCUGUCUCACGUGAGGGGGCUGGGGGCAGCCAGGUUGGCGGGGGUGAUUUCCACUCUGGAAGCCUGGCUGGAUGGCCGGGGGGAUGCCAGUGGCGCCGGGGAGGGCCUCAACAAAGGCCUGGCAGCUGUGUUCCUGUCAACGCUCAGCCCCAACAACCUCGCCGCUUCCCUGUACAAGAUGGAGUCCGUCCUCCUGGGCGGCGGCCAGUGCUGCGAGGAGGUUGCUGUGCGCUGCUCCGCCCUGCUGGACGGAAACGGUGUUCCCCAGGUGGAAGGUUCCGCGCGCCUGACCCUGGAGCUCACCAGGGCCCUAGCCUGCUUGCUCUCCCAGCCCCACAGCCCCACGGGCCCACUCCUCUACCUCAGGGCUUUCCGAGAGAACGAGGUGGAGACUGGGAGACUGCUGAAGAGCAGGCAGGCGCUGCACCUGCCCAGGAUAGUGAAAGCCUUCCUGCAGUACCUGGUGCAGCUGACCCCUGCGUCCCAAGGCGAGAACGAGGCUCGGGAAGGGGCGCGGCCAAGCGGGCCGCCGGACCCGGCACCCUCCUCCGAAUGCAUGCGGUUCCUGGCGUCUGUGUGCCCAGAGGACACGCGUGUGCAGGAAGUGCGGGCGGCAAUGUUGCUCCACAAGGGCAGGUUUGAGGAGAGCGCUGAGGCCUACUCCCGGGCCCUGCAGGGGGGCGGGGUGUGGACAGAGACGCCCCCGGUAGCGGAAAAGACGGCUCCCGACUCGCUGCCGCCGGAGAGGAAAGCCUGUCUCCUUGUCGGCAGGGCUGCCGCCAGCUUCAUGGCAGGCGGAAGGGCGACCGAGGCCUGCAGGGAUCUGGGGCAGGCCUUUGAGAUCCACCCUGCCGCCGCCAGGCUGCACUUCCAGAGGCUGUUCUCUGACAGCGGCACGGCGCAGGCGGCUCGGGCGCAGCUGCGGCAGCAGGCCGAGAGGGCCCUGUCGGAGCACAGGGAGGCCGUUUUGGCGCGCCCCGACCUGCGCUCCUCCGUGGGUGCGGAGCAGCUGGACCCCGUGAUCGCGCAGCUGCGUGCGCUGUGCCACCUGGAGCCGGGAGGGGGCAGCAGAGAGCUGAGGGUGCGCCUGGCUGACUGCCUGCUCCUCCGCGGGGAGUUCAAGGAGGCCCUGUCCAUCUGCAGCCAGCUGGCUGCCGCGGCCUCCCCGGCCGGGCAGAGCUACCAGAACACCGUGCACGUGCUCCGGGGCUACGCGCGCCUCCUCUCCGACGACCACCAGGGGGCUGCGGAGGACUUUCAGGCGGUGAUCGAGCACAGCGCCCCCCACCCGUCCAGCUGCGUGCGCGCGCUCUGCGGCCGGGGGCUCCUGCGCAUGCUGGCGGGGUCGCCCUACCUGACGGCCCUGGACUACGUGACGGCCAGCCGGCUUCAGCCGCAGGACGCCGCGCUGACCGUGCGCUGUCUGGUGCCCUGGAACCGACGGGGGCUCCUCUGCACCGUGCUCCUGGAGCAAGGCCGGGUGAUGCUGGAGGGGCCUCAGAACCAGGACCCCGCCCCAGGCUCCCCUCUGCAGCAGGGACAUCAACCCCCACCCACACAGGGGAGAGAGAGCUGCUCCACCAACAAAGAAGAGACGGCCGUUGGAGUGCACGCCCUGGCCGUUCUCCUCGCGGAGCUGGAGCCUGGCGCGGACGGGCCGCAGAUCCUGGCGGCCGAUUCGCUUUACUGCCUGGGCAGAGUGGAGGAGGCGCACCGCCUCCUGCUGUCCAUCGGGAAGAGCUCCCCGCGCUCGCCCGUCCUCGCCCGCCUCGCCAUGCUGCAGCUCCACCGCGGCUUCCUCUACGACGCCAACCAGCUUUUGAAGAAACUGACCCAGUGCGGUGAUACCAGCUGCUUGCGCCCCCUGCUGACGGUGGCGUCGCCGGAGGACCGGGCGCUGCUGCAGAGGCACUGCCACGCCGCCGCCAGCCGCAUCCUGGAGAGCCAGCGGGAGGAUGCGGGCGUCAGGGAGGCCGUGGCCUACCUGUCCAUCGCCAUCAUGGCUUCUGGUGGUGAGGCGACGGAGUCUUUGUUGGCGAGGGCCCGAUGUUACGUGCUUCUGGGCCAGCGUAAGACCGCCAUCUUUGACUUCAGUGCCAUCCUUAAGGAGCACACUGAGCAUGUGCAGGCUCUGUGUGGGAGGGGCUUCACCUACCUCAUGCUAAACCAACAGAAGUUUAGCAGUGGAGCUUUGGAGGAGCACACAUGUUCUAUAGGCAUCAGCUUAGAGGAAUGAGGCGGAGACAACCCAGCGUACUCAAAUCUUCCUUCCCUGUGCAGGGCUGUCCCAGGGCUCACAGUCACAGUCUUCAAGGACGUUGGGCAGGUUUCAGUUCCAGGCCGUGGGGCACAUCAUUGCUUUAGCUGAACGCAGUGCCCAAGAGGGGUCAUGACGACUGUUCUGUAGCUCUGCUUCUUUUUGGUUUUCUUACGUCUGGGGUGAAACUUGAGUGUUCUAUUUAUGUAUGUGUAUGUGCGCCUGUGGGUGUG